AUGGCUCGGAUUUUCACUGGGAUCGAUCUGAACUCUUUCUGGUGCUGGUGCUGCUGCUGCUGCAAUCAAAGGCAUCUUCUAGCUGUGAUAUUCAUCUUUAGCCUCGCAAUGGGAGCUCCACACACCGCCAAAUUACAACGUGCAACAGAGAAUCCCACGUUUGUGUUCUGGUACCACGAGCACAGCAUGGUGAAUUUCGAUCAGUUGAACGGAUUUUCCGUAGCUCCGUUCCAACCGUCGGCUCCCGCCAUCCACCAGCACCUGCAGCAUUACCUUCCACACCCAGUCCUCGACCACGGGCCGCAGCUCUCUGCCGAAGACCAGGACUUUAGCGGUGUACUGGAUGAUGACGACUUACUCCAGCGUUCACUGCACCUGGAUCAGGAUGCCACUUCGCCCUUCCUGGCCACCUCGUCGUCUGCGUCGUCCUCAUCUUCGCUGCUACUGGCGUCCCUCGCCGCGGCGGCCUUCUCUUCUUCCUCCUACCAAAACCUCGAACCGGCCCCGGACAUGUCCAUCGAGCUCGGACCUGAGGCGGGCCCGGGACUGUCGUCGGAAUCGUCGGACCCGCUGGACGCGGGCGGCGCCCGUCGGCAUAAUCAUAAUCACCCGCAUCCCCACGUCCAUCACCACGCCCAUCAGCAUCAGCAUCAGCACCAUCAUCACCAUCACUUCCCGCGGGGAGCGUGGCCCACGAACCACAGCUCGUUGCUGCUGUACUCGCACAUCCUGACGCCGGCCCCGAGCGUGCUUACGAUCAGGAAAGUCCACUUUAAGCACGCCGGUAAUUACACUUGCGCCCCCUCGAACGCCCGUCCGGCCAGCAUCACCGUGCACGUGCUGCAAGAUAAAAAACCAGCCGCCAUGCAGCAUGCAAACCGCAGUCAGCUGGAUGACGGUAGUAAGCAAUCGAGAAAUGGAUGCCCUCGCCAAGGCCGCCACUACCGAGCGUUUCCUGUGGCCGCAUUGCUACUUCUUUGCUUCACGUGCCAUCUGGCCACCCGGCCCGAUAGGCUAGAACGGUGA